CGGGUACUGACUGGACUCCCAGCGUUCGGGCGAGUUCUUGGAGAGGGCCGAUCUCCACCAAAACCAAGCUGGGAAAAGGGACGAAGCCACAGAAGGUUUUGUUCAGCCCUGGAGGAGUGGAGCGUUGGGAUCCUCUAGCUCGGGACUUCGGGCGGGCUUCUGGGAGCUGCUUUAGGCGCAGGAAAAUCCCGGCACCAAGUUGUCUCCCCCGAAAGCGCUCAGAAGUCGUGUCCGCGCCCUAGCCACACGGAUCCCAGAAAGCCUUCACCGCGUAGAGGAUACGGGUACCCCAACCCUGGUGCCCAGCUGGUGGUAGUCCAGGUGACGGGCGACAGAGAUAAUCUGGGCUGCUCCUAUCUCUGGCAGGACUAGACCGGGCGUGGAGAAAGGCAAGAUUUGGCUGCCGCGGGAGGGCAGGAACUUGUGCUUUGGCGUGGUCCUGCGCUCUCGGAGCGCGCUGCUGCACUAGCGUCCUACUAGCUUCCCUUUCCUGGGGCCUGGCUGGCUCUGGCAAAUUGAGGUGUGGGUGGCUCCCGGAGCCGAGGCUAGCGUGGCAGUAGCUCCAGACCCCCUCCCUCAUCCCCCGCCAACGGGGGCGGGAAGCUGUGGGGUGGGAGUAGCGGAGCGUGAUUGCCUGAGGCCCCUCCUGCCGUGGCGAGGGAGAGCCAUAAAAACCCUGUUGCAACCUGCUCCGGACACCCCCUUCCGCCGGCUGUCACCCCUAGAAGAGACGCGCCAGACUACUGAGCGCUAGCCGCCCAGCCACGCCCGCCGCCCAGCCAGCCAGCCCGCCACCAUGCUGGGUAGCAAGCGACUGGGGUUGUCCGGACUGACCCUCGCCCUGUCCCUGCUCGUGUGCCUGGGCGCGCUGGCCGAGGCGUACCCCUCCAAGCCUGACAACCCCGGAGAGGACGCUCCGGCGGAGGACUUGGCCAGAUACUACUCAGCGCUGCGACACUACAUCAAUCUCAUCACCAGGCAGAGAUACGGGAAACGUUCUAGCCCCGAGACCCUGAUUUCAGACCUCUUGAUGAGAGAAAGCACGGGAAACGUACCCAGAACUAGGCUGGAAGACCCUUCUAUGUGGUGAUGGGAAAUGAAACUCGCUCUCCAGUCUCUGUCUCUUUUUCAACCCCCGUUUCAUCCUGUAAAACUAGAGUCUGCCCGUCCUCCCAAUGCAUGCAGCCCCGUGCUCACCUCUGCAGGGUUCCCCUUUGUUGUCACUGUAUGUAUGUGUGUUUAAAUAAAGCGCUAUGCAUUCAAAA